UGUGUCGACAACCCGGACAUAAUCGACGUCAAAUUUUCUAAAUAUAUUAAUUGCAAAUCGUGAAUUGUGUCUAAUUCCACCCACGUUUAAUUUUCUCGAGUUGCGGUGAUGCAAGGCAGGUGCGCAGUUGACACGCUGACAGAGUUUGGCUUUUCUUCAGCGUCAAGCACCCUGAGAGUGGGCUCCCAUGUAUUCCUUUGCACUGGAAGCGACGAGGUUUAUGUAUACAACUACCAAGACAGACAAUUGAAGGUGGUCUUCAUCUUUCCUGGCCCUGUGAGAGACCUGGUAUUGAAUGAAGACAAGCAGACCCUCUAUGUGGCCUGCUGCAGUGGAGUUUAUGGAAUCUCUUUCUCAUCUUUCCCCUCCAGGGUUCAAAGCUUGGAAGCAUCCUCUACUGUGCCUCGUGUUAAUGUAUCCCCCAAGCAACUUGUUAUCAGAGAAGAUGGAGUAUUAGCCCUACUCGUGAUCAACUCUGUGCUGCUGAACCUCAAGCGGACAAAAACAUCCUGGCUGUUGACGCGCUACAAAAUAGCUGAAGUGUCAAAAUUCAGUGGCUAUGAAACACUUGGUUCAUUUAAAGUGCCAUUGAUAUCAGACUCAGAUGAGUCCGGCGAAAUGAGGCCAGUGCUGAUUUGUGUCCACUCUGCAGAUUCACCAUCCUCGUCGAGCUUACCGAGUGGUCACGUCUCCCUCGAGCCGGUCCUCUUCAAACUCCUAUUCGGGAUUGACGCUUCCCUAGCCAAAUCACCGGUUGUUUUCUGCGGUCUGCCGGACGGCCGUCUGUGUUUUGCCGCUCAUCGUGUUCCAGGAUCACAGCUCAGAGUCCUCCACAGCCUCGAGCAGCCUGUGGUGUUUGUCGGUUCACCUACCGGGACCCGACCAGAACCGGUAGGCUGUUUGGUGGCACUGGGUGAACAAGGCAAAUUUGUGCUUGUCACAUCCAAACGAGCAGGACGGGAAGGAGGAGGCGUCAGAACUGCUUUUACCGAGGUGUGUGUUCCUGGACCUGUGGUGUGUGCCUGCCUUGAUAGUUGCUGCCUUUACUACAGCACUGGUUCAGACUUGCUGGGUCUGGAUCUGUCACUCGCUUUCACUGAAGAAGCAGGAUUGCAAAAAGGAGCUGCCGCCUUUCCGAAUGUCAUCAGUUUAAAUGUGUGUAAGGUCGUAGCCUUGACCGGACAUGCAAAGAACGCUGAAGGUCAAGUUCAGCUGCUAGGACUGUCCUGCAGGGGGCAGCUCCGAAAUAUUAGUUUGCCUGUCGGAUUGCAAGAUGGCGGAUCAUCCCAUCUUCCCUCGUCGCACGUUGGCCGUAGCAUCAAAGAUGUCCUGUCAGCUAUUGGAAAUGUUUCUAGAAGAGCAUCAGUGCUGAAAGCAUCAAUCAAAUCCAGAAACCAAACCCUGAAAAAGCUGAAUCAGGUGCUCAACAUCAGCUUCUUAUUGAAAGCUGGAGCAGACAGUGGGACGCUUCCAAUCCAAUGUCACGCCACUACCAGCUGGAUCACUUUGCUUCAAAAAGACUCUUUGAAUUUGAAAUGCAUCCUGGAAAAUGGAAGUUGUCAUAUUCUGGAGCAAGGAUGGACAUUAAACAUCACCGCAUCUUCCCUGUGCAAUUCCACCAAUGAGGAAAGCUCUUCUACACAUUAUUCAUUCCCUCUUCAGAAUGUUCAACCAUGCGAGAAACUGGAGAUUUCCCUGCCAUUGGCGACUGCAGAAGACUCAUUGUUACCUUGUAGCGUCUCCUUCUCCCUCACUUUCUCCCUCUCAGACCUCCUUGAAGAGGAAGCAGCGACGCCACUUCCAGAUGGCGGUCUUGUCAGUUUACCGUUGAACACGCUGGUGGUGGAUUGCUUGCACGCUCUGAGGGUGGUCGGUCCGUCAAAGCGAAACGUUGCAUCUCGACCAUACGACGUCACCACGGCGGACCCCAUCUGGGCGCUUUUAAAAUCACGCCGUGGCGAAGAAUGGAAUGCGGGGAAGCAUCAGCAUUCUAUGACGAUUAAGGUGUCGUCGCAGUUACUAAGGAACGUGUUGAAACCUCCAGAGGGGAGAUCAAAAGGGAUACCUUCAAACGUGUGUGUCACGCUGCUGGACUGGCUUCUCUGUGAAGGCCACGGUGGUGUGAAGAUGCAAGGAGACAAGAUGGCCAUCGACAGCUCUGUCGUCCACGCUCGAGCACCAAACGGGCACACAAUAAAGCUGACGGCUAAAGAGGUCAUUGCAGAGGACGGUGCGGUGGAGAAGGAGUCCCUGGCCAUCGUGGAGCUUCAGGUCGAGAGCUGCUCAUUGGGAGCUGUGUGUGGAAUGCAUCAUGCAGUCUUGCGGAGAAUACAGAAUUUGUUGCAGAGGGUGCCUGAAAGGCCUUCUUCCACAAUCAGAAUGCAGAAUUUACGUAUGAGAGAAGCCCUACAGUGCGCUGAGAAAAUGUUGCAGCAGCUCCGGCAAAGUCGAGUCUCCUGCAAUUUUGGUGAAGGCAUGUCCACGAGCAAGGCACUGCCGUCUCCAUGACAACAGAACCAACAGCGAGGUCACAGCGUGCCUCCCUGGUCGCCGCGCAGAUAGUGGCCGCUCCUGCUGCGAAUGGCGAGGCGGCCGCGCUCCGGGAGUUCCACGCCGAAAUCUUCGGGCACUUCACCGUCCGAGCACACCAGCCCGCUACUGUUGACGUACCAGAAGCGACCGGUCGCACCUGCCGGGGCCCCGUUGCUGAAUUGCAGACUGAAGAUGUCGUAAACAGAUCUGCUCGCAUCCAAAGUGUUGGAGUUCUUGUGGUGGCAGAUGAAACCAUUCUCACCUCGGAGGAUCAACGUGGGCCGGUUGGUUAGUUUCAAACUCAGCUGUUCGUCCUCCCCUGACAAAAAAAAAA